AAAAAAAACGUGUGCUUGCACCACACCAAACUGUAACUGUCCGCUUCGCGGAGUAGUCCCACAACAAAUUCACUUCGUGAUGGUUAAAUUGUAUUUGUUCAUGCCAAAUUCCAUCAACUUAUACUUUAUUUAUACCUGUUAUAUGCAUUUUAAAUAUUCAUUUUCCUAAUUAGACGGAGAAGUUAAGUGGGUUCGCUGCGGAUGGAUAUGCUGUUUGAAAACCAGCUCUUUGGCGUAACUGUUUGGCGCCCAGACUGUAACUGUCUCCUGUCCUCGGCGGAUUAAUUGAGGUCUCUGAGCAUCUGAUGUUUUGUGGGCACCACCAGAGUAUCAAGAGGUUCUGGCAAUUCCAAAAAGAUCAGAAAACAUGGAUUACUAUGGUUGUUCUCGAACCAAACGAAGACGCAUUAAAGCCAAAGCUGCAGAGCACUUGCAGAUGUUGGAAGACUUACACGCCAAAAACCAAGUAUCUUCAAAUCUGGAGUGUGUCACGGAAUUGAACAGCCAGAUUCCCAGUGAACAGUGGGAUACUCAGACUCAGGCUUGUUGGAGUGAAAGUGGCCAGGAAUCAGAUUCUGGGAUGUUCUUCAGUGAUAGCAGUGAAGAAUUAAAUUUGGAUGGUAGCGCUGAAAGAACUAAUCCUUUUAAUGAUCUGAAAAGGAAAUUGGCUUAUUGGGCCCCAAAUCACAAUAUUUCACAGAGUGCAUUAUCAGAACUUUUGCAUAUUUUAGUCCAGUCUGAGCUGGAUUUACCCAGAGAUCCAAGAACUCUUUUAUCAACCUUAACAACCUGUGACGUCAACGAUAUUGGAGAUGGUAGUUACUAUCAUUUUAGGGUUUCAAAUGCAAUUAUUUCAUUGCUGUCACAUGAGUCAGAUCCUUCAACAGACACUCUGACUCUCUGUGUUAAUAUUGAUGGAUUACCGCUCUUCAGAAGUUCUAAAAUGGAGUUAUGGCCUAUUUUGGCCAAGAUUGAAGAACUUCCAAGGUCUAAUGUUAUUAUUAUUGGUCUGUAUGCAGGCCCAACAAAGCCUAAUUCUGUUGAGGAUUAUUUGUAUGAUUUCAUUAAGGACCUAAAGGUUGUAACAAAUGAGGGGUUACAUUACAAUGGAAAGCAUUACAAUAUUGCUCUGCCGGAUGCCUUUAUCUGUGACGCACCUGCCCGGGCCUUCUUGAAAUGUACCAAGGGUCAUUCUGGUUACAACUCCUGUGAACGCUGUACAGAGCAUGGGAUUCGCAUGGACAAUAAAGUGGUGUUUCCUGAUUUGAAAGCACCAGUUAGAACAGAUGAACAGUUUACAGAUAUGAUAGAUGAAGAACAUCAUCAUGGUGUUUCACCCCUACAAGAGCUUGGUAUAGGAAUGGUGUCAAGCUUUGUACUCGAUUGCAUGCAUUUAGUUUGCUUAGGAAAUGUUAGAAAACUUGUAAGUCUGUGGAUCAAAGGACCUUUAAGAUGUCGGAUUUCUGCAACCACCAUGAGCAUUAUCUCUAACCAUUUGAAAUCAAUCAGAAAACAUCUUCCAAGUAAUUUUUCUCGAAAGCCACGGUUCCUUAUGGAAUAUGGUCAGUGGAAGGCCACUGAAUUUAGACAAUUUUUGUUGUAUAUGGGCCCUGCCGUUCUUCAAGGACGCUUACCUACACGACUGUAUAACAACUUUAUGCUACUGUCAGUAGCAAUGAGAAUUCUUCUCAGCCCGGCCUUGUGUUCUGAAUACUGUGACUAUGCAGACAAACUAUUGAAAUGUUAUGUGACAAACUUUGUGAAAAUAUAUGGAUCAGAGCACGUUGUAUAUAACACCCACAAUCUUAUACAUCUGGCUGAUGAUGAAAGAAAGUUUGGUGCCUUAGACAGUGUUUCAUGUUUCCCUUUUGAAAAUUAUCUCGGCACAUUAAAGCGGCUGGUAAGAAGGCCCCAAAAUCCUCUUCAAUAAGUUGUAAGGCGUUUAGGUGAAAAACCUAUCCUGUUGGACAAUGGCAAGGAAAUGAAUAAGCCUCAAUAACCACAUCUCCAUGGUCCAACUCUCCAAACGUUCCCUGCUCGUGUACAAUACAAGAAGUAUAGACAUGAAGGAAAAAUUAUUUCUUGCUCUCAAGGCAACAACUGCUUUGAUGUUGAGGGCAGAGUUGCUGUUGUGAGGACUAUUGUAGAGGUGUUGUCAGGAUCUAUGUACACUGUGUGUCAGUUUUAUGAAAGAGGGGGAUGCUUUUACAAUUAUCCUACUGAUUCAUCUUGUGUGGGGAUCAGAACAGUGACACAACUCUCUGACCAGCUUCAUGGUGCCUGUGACUGACUUAACCAAAAGACUCAUACUGCUUCCUAUGCAAGAGUGGUAUGUGGCUUUUCCACAGUUACAUGAUGAGUGAUUGACCUUAUUAACCUUUGCAGCAUGUCCCUCUUCAGCAUU